AUAAGGAAAAGAAAAUCAAAAUCUGAAUAUUUUACUUGUAAUUGAAAUCAUUGCAAUAAUUGCGCUUUUGUAUUGUAUCACAGAAACAGGCUGCAAACUGACAGUCAAACCUUUUAGCCACUGAUCUGAGAUCUAAUCUUUUUCUCAUUAACUCUUUUAAGCAAUUUUAUUAGCCCUCCUCAUCUCUCCAUCUGUCCCAUUUAUUUCAUUUUCCUUCCCUCUCAAAACCCAACUCCCCAUUUGACUUGCAGAAGGCUUUAGGCUAUGAAACUUCACCAGUUGAGUUGAGCUGGAGCUGACUCAAAUCGAGUUGGGUUUUUCUCCAUUAACAUGGGUUCACUGCUUCUGCAAGUAAAUGGAAGAUUCUUCCCUUCACCACCACAGUUUCAGCCUUAUUUUCUUGCUGCACAGCCUCCUCCUCUAGCUCAAUCCAGCGGAUUCAACUUGGAAAACAAGGUGAGUCCAAGUGUACUUCUCAUCAUAAUCAUUCUAGCUAUUGUCUUCUUUGUCUCUGGUUUGCUUCAUCUUCUUGUUAGAUUCCUAUGGACUCCCCCAUUACAUAGAGACCCUGAGAAUUCAGACAAUGUCACUGCCUUUCAAGGCCAAUUACAGCAGCUCUUUCAUCUUCAUGAUUCUGGGGUUGACCAAUCCUUUAUUGAUACCCUUCCUGUUUUCCAUUACAAAGCCAUUAUUGGAUCCAAAUCCCCAUUUGACUGCGCUGUUUGUCUCUCUGAGUUUGAGCCAGAGGAUAAACUCAGACUAUUGCCAAAAUGUAGCCAUGCUUUUCAUACAGAAUGUAUUGAUACAUGGCUUUUGUCUCACUCAACUUGCCCUUUGUGUAGAUCUAGUUUAUUACCUGAUCAUUUCUCCCCACAUACUACUUGUGGACCAAUUGUUCUUGUUCUUGAAUCUGGGAGCGAGAGUUCUAGAGAUAUGGUAUCAGACAGAGAGGGUACAAAUCAGAUUUCAGUGUCAAAUUCGCAUAUGGGUCUUGGUGGAAAUGGGGUAUUUGAAGCUGGGUCGAGUGAGAUUGAGAAAUUAGAGGAUUCAAACGCAACUGUAGUGACUGUGAAGCUUGGAAAAUACAAAAAUGUUGAUGCAGGGGAAGGUGGAAGUAGCGAGAACAAGAAUGUGGAUUCUCGUAGGUGUUUUUCAAUGGGGUCUUUUGAAUAUGUAAUGGACGAGAAUUCUUCACUGAAAGUCGCCAUUAGAAGCACCCCAGUGAAGAAGCAACCAAGCAGGAAGCCAGCUCUGCCAUUGACGCCUGGUUACAGAGCAGCCAUGUCCGAAUACGACUGUGAAUCCAGAAGAGAGUUCAAACUCACUGGAAUUGAACCUCUUCAGGAAAUGAAAACGGGUGAGAAUGCUAAUAGCAAUAACAACAAAAUAGAAAGUCUCUCUGUAUCAAAGAUUUGGCUGAGAGGGAAAAAUCCGAGAGAAGAUUCGUCAAGAAGGGCAGUUUCGUUUCGAUUUCCCCUGCAAAGGGAUCGAGGUGUUUCAGAGAUGGAGGUUAGCAGAUGGGAAAAUGAAGUUCAAGAUGAAAUGGAAUUCGAUGAAGAAAAUCAGAGCCGUAACAGUUUGGAAUCUCAAUUAAAUCAAUCUUUCGCAAAGAGGACGUUACAAUGGCUCAUGGGAACAAGAUUAAACAAGGUUACUCACUUUGAAUCAUCAUCACCUUCAUCCUCUGUUUCAAAUAUCUAAUUGUUCUCUGUUUAAAUAUUUUGAUCUAUUAUGUAGAAUAUAGAUAAUAGAAAAUAGAAAUAAUCGAUUAAAGAAAA